AUGGCGCGGGACCAUGUAAACAUGGACCAAGACAAGAGAAUUGAGGCAAUUCACGACUUGGAGCUUAAGCAUCAGGAAAUCAUGCAUCAAUCCAAUGUUAUUGUCAAGGAGGAGGAUACGCGAAGGCAUAGACUUCGCAGUGUCGUACUUCGAGACGAGAACGCUACACUUCGAGAGCAACUCUCCCAGAAAGAUGUCCGUAUCAAGAAACUCGCCCAAGAGUGCGACGGCAUGCGCGAUCAAUUGGAGGCCGUGAACCGGACUUGCCAGGACCAGCAGAAGCAACUUCGCGCUCAGGCGCGAGAUCAGUCAAAUCUGAAGUCUGAAUUACAAUCAUUAAGCAGUGUCACCACCGAUUCGGCAAAACUCUUGUCAGAGAAACUUGCACUUUCACGCGAGUUGGCAGUUCUCAAGCCGGAACUUGAGCACCUGAGGUCUCAACUCUCGCACCAAAAUGAUGUCCUGGCUGAAAAGCUUGCUUUGGAACGACAGCUGAAUACACUAGAGGUUGAAUUGGCGAACGAGAAGCGGGCGAAUCAGAAGAUUUUGCAACGACAAGCCAGCAAGGACAAUGAGAUAGAAGAGGACCUGCGACAACAAGUAGCAGAUCUUGAGAAGAAGCUGGCGAAGGAACAGCGCGCCACAGAAAAGGCCAAGCAAUCCCAGGCCUCUCAAGAGAGUGAGAUUGAACAGGAGCUUCGGCAACAAGUAGCCGAUUUGGAGAAGAAACUCGUCACAGCCAAGAAAGCUAAGCAGUCCCAAGAAACUACAGAUGACCAAGCAAAUGAGGCGCUCCGACAAAGAGUAGUAGCACUGGAGCAGGAGCUUGCUCAACAGAAGACCGAGUUCGCCCAAGCUCGGAAGACUACGGCAAAGGAAAUGGCGGACGCGCAGAAUGAGCAAGAAAUCCUGCAGCAGAGACUCGAAGAAAUGAAGACUAAGCUGCGUCAAACGCGUGCUGAGCUCAAGGAGGCUCGCGGUGGACCUGCAAAGCCGCAGAACACGACUACUACCAUACCCACGGUAUUCGCUGAGGAUAAUUCUGUGAAGAAGCCAACAGCGAAGGCUCAAGCCCGCCGGAAGCGGCGAGCAGAGGAAAUCAGUGUGGAUGAAUUUGUUCUACAUACCCCCACAAAUACUGAUGGUAGACUCAAGCGACCCGUGAAGAAGCGAGGCGGUCUAGACCAUACACUGGUAGGGGAGAAGUCUGCCUUCUCCAUCACUCCCUUCCUCAAUAAGACCAUCAACAUCACAGAGGUAAUUAGUGAAGAGCCGGAAUCCCCAGAAGUCUUCAACGAGGGCAACCCGUCUUCCCUUCAAGAAGACAAAACAGGCUCAGAACCAACAGAAUCAGAACCUUCUGCUGAGGUCGCUCCGGAGCCAGUUGUAAAGCCAAGCCAGAAAGCCACGGUUGAGCCAGCUCAGAAGAAGGCUCGGGGCCGUCCUCCUAAAGCCAAGGCUCUUGCGGAGGCAUCUCCAUCGAAGAAGAACAUGCCGCCACCAAGCAGCCGCAAGAAUCUUUACGUUGAGUCAACAAUUACCAAAGUGAUGGACGCAGUAGAGGAGAGCGGUAAAGAGAACAGGCCGACGCAAGUCGUGACUGCUGCUAAGAAGGGUCUGGAGCUGAAGGUCAAGACUAGCGAAGCUCGCACCAGCGGCGCAAGCGCAAGUGGUUCAGAGCCGGAGCCUAAGAAGAAGAAGCGAAAGUUGCUGGGAGGCGCAAAUAAGCCGACACUCUUUGACGAUGAUGACGCAGAGGCAGCUCCCGCUCCUAAGCGGCCGGCAAAAAUGCAACUUAAUGUUGCAAGAGGCAUGGGUAGGGUGCCCCUGGGAGUAGCCCGUAGUGGUGCCUUUGGCGGCAGUACAUUCUCGCCGUUGAAGAAAGAGAGAAGAGGAGUGAACGCGAGUUUUCUGGCUUAA